AUGCAUGCCUCCCGUAAGGCACUCAACAUGAUCAAGUAUCUGAUCUUGAUGUUAACGUUUAUGUGUGUUAUGAUUGAAAUCAUACAAAUCGUCGUUGGGGCGGUGUUACAUCGACUGUUCGCUACGUACACUGUCUUCAUUGACAAUGACUUCAUCCGUGCGACUCACUUCCUGAUAGCGGUCGGUAUCGUGCUAGUGUUUCUAUCCAUUUUCGGUUUUGCUGGUAUUAUUUUUGAAAAUGUGAUAAUGAUAUUUUUGUAUGCCGGAAUGUUCAGUUUGGUAGUGAUCCUUGAAAUCAUUCUCGCAUCAGCCGCAUUCUCAAUGUAUAACCGUGUGGAUAGCAUGCUUACCAGGCGGAUGACCACUGGAAUACAGCGCUUCCACACCGACAGGUUUAUGCGUUCUAGUUUCAACCAUAUGCAAACGGAGAUGAACUGCUGUGGCGUUCAAUCGUACGUCGACUGGAGCAACUUUCAUCCUAAUCGUGACCUACCGAACUCCUGCUGUCGAAAUUUUGAGGAUGGUUGUAUGCCACACGAACGUGGCUGCCAUUCGCCUAUGUCGGAUUUUAUUGGAUCGCGCAUACACAUGAUCGCAACCGGUACGACGAUCAUUAUCGUGUUUCAAAUCGUCUGUAUCAUAACAGCCAUUAUUAUGGGUGCCCGUUUGUCAUUGUACAAGAAGCGACUGAGGGAAGCCGGAAUGAGUACGGGUCCUGUAACUGCUCCCGAGCCGAUCAUGACCGAGAAACCGAAAUAUUGA